UGUGUCUGUUUUUCUUUCACUUCCUCCUGCAUCAGCCCUGGGUAAUGAAGAGCAGACUUAACUCAUUCUGGGAAUAAUUUCAUAAGGAAACACAAUGCCUUUGUGGUGCUUGCUGGUGCUUUUGGCUCUCCCCGACCCAACUGUGAGCACCAACCCGGGAGUCAAGGUCCAAAUUACCCAGCAAGGCUUGGAGUAUGGCCGACAAAUUGGAAUCGCGUAUCUGCAGGAGAAGCUGAAGUCUAUCAGCAUCCCUGAUAUCUCUGGAUCUGAGGAUGUUUCUCCCAUUGGCAAAGUCGAGUACAGACUCUCAGGUAUGAGAAUCACAGACUUGGGCCUGCCGCAGUCCUCUCUGGGCCUCGUCCCCGGCACUGGUAUCAGCCUGUCCAUUGGCAACGCCUUCAUCAAUCUGCACGGAGACUGGCAUGUCAAAUAUCUCAAAUUCAUAAAAGACAGUGGCUCCUUUGAUUUGGCCGUAAGUGGUCUGACCAUCAAGGCCACCAUCAGUGUGGGCAGCGACGAAACGGGACGACCCACCGUAAGCAGCAAUGGCUGCGUGGCCAGCGUGGGUGAUGUCAGUAUCACAUUUCAUGGAGGGGCCAGUUGGUUGUAUAACCUUUUUACAAGCUUCAUUGAUCAAGCUUUGCGAGAUUCUUUACAGAACCAGGUGACUUUCAACAAUGCCCUAUGAUGCCUUAAUGUUCAGUGCCAGUCAAAGGUUUGGAUACACCAAGCCUCCUUCAAAGUUGAGUGUUGCAUCACAUGACCCGGCCACCUAACCUAAACACAGUAGAAAUGGUUUCAGAGGAGUUUGACCAGACAGUGAAGCAAAAGCAGCCAAUGAGAACUCAGCAUAUAUGUGGGACCUCCUUCAGGACAGCUGGGAAAGCAUCCCAGGAGACCACCUCAUGAACCUGGUGUAGAGGAGACAUUAAAUUUGACCAAGCAGUAAGGCAACACAAACACAGGAGCUUAACUAAAGAAACAGGGCUUUAUUGACCCCCAAAAUACAAACAGUAACAAACUCAAGACCUUAACAUUACAAAGCAAAGUAUUAACUGAAACAAACUGACCUUUCGAUAAGGAGACAUGAAGGAACAUAUACAGUAUAGUGGUUUGGCCAAACCAAUUAACACACAAAGGGGUAAACCAAAUAAACACUACAUAUAAUUAAACAGAGCAAAACAAAUCUAAACCCCAACUCCCCCCUCUAGCUAUGGCAGCACAUGGUUCACUCCUGCUCCAGGGGUUGUCCUUUUAAGAGAGCUCCGCCCUCGGCCACACCUAUAUGCUGAAUAGAAAAGACCACCCCCACAACCAAAGUAACUGCAAACCAAACAAUGAAUUUAGACAAUCACUGCACACAACCCUACAAUAUCAAACUAUGUACAGUACACUACACCCAACACAAAAGGCAAAACACAUCAAGUAAGACCUAUGAAUUAUUACUAUAAAUAAGGCAAAAAGCAUACAAAGUAAAUCAUCUAAGGAUGUAAGAAUGUUUCAGGUCUUACUGUGUGGCUGUAGCCAUCACA